CUGGUUUAGCGGCAAAUGAAUUAGAAAACAGGCUGACGCUUCUCUCUUUUUUACUCUUUCCCUGUUCGCUGUUCGCUGUUCGCGUGCUAUUGCCUAAUGCCUAUGCCUUUGCAGUUCUUUGGGUCUCAUUCUUCAUUCAUUAUUCUCUCUGGGUUUAUGCUUUUGGGAGGAAGUGUUUGAGCCUAUUAUAGUACUAUGUGUAUGCCUUCUCUUUGAUUGGGGAAAAUGUAUGCCCCUUGGGCGUUCAAGGUGCAGUAGUGGUCUUCCUCGGAAAACAAAAGAGUGAAGCAUGAUAACCACUUCAAGGCACCUCAAGCACUACAUUUUCCUAUGCAACCCAACAAAAUCUUCUUUGCCGAUUCCCCAGUUUUCCAUCAUUCAAAGCAGGCUUCACAUUUACUAUAACUGUAUCGCAUCCAUCACAGUAGGUUUCCCUUUGCCGUUCUUCACCAUUAUAAGGAAUUUCAUAGGCAAGUGUCAGUUUCCUGCAACACAGGCCUCUCCUAAUAAAGAGGAAGUGACAGAUGAAGUCUUUAAUCAAAUUCUUACUUCUGUAGAAAAUGCUUCAAGGCCCAAUACGAAAAUUUGUACUGCUUAUGUUGACAAGUUUUGUAGAGCUGGAAAUCUUUCUGCUGCUGCUAGAUUACUUCAAUCAUUACAUCAUAAACACAUCUUCCUUAACCCUAAAGCAUAUAAUCUCUUAUUGAGGGCAGCGAGUGAAAAGCAUGACAUUGACCUUUUGUGUCAAGUUUUCAAAGAUUUAUUAAUAUCUAAUGGAGUCUUGAGUUCGACGUGUUAUGCCGAUGUUGCCAAGGCUUUUACAAAAACAAAUGAUGGUGUACAGCUACUCAGAUUCAUCAAAAAAGUGUCAGCAUUGACCUCUCCUAGCACAACAGUUGUAAACAGAAUCAUCUUUGCCUUUGCCAAAUGUGGGCAGGUUGAUAAGGCCCUUUUGAUAUAUGAUCAGUUUAAGAGUCUAAGUUGUCAACCCGAUUUAUUCACAUAUAAUACCAUUUUGGAUAUCUUGGGUCGUGCUGGACGCACAGAUGAAAUGCUUCACGAAUUUGCCUCCAUGAAAGAAGCUGGCAUUGCCCCAGACAUUGUUUCUUAUAAUACAUUAUUAAAUAACUUGAAGAAGGUAGGGAGACUAGAUUUAUGCCUGGUAUAUUUCAGAGAAAUGGGUGAGAAUGGGAUUGAACCAGAUUUGCUUACUUAUACUGCAUUGAUUGAGAGCUUCGGUAGAUCAGGUAACAUUGAGGAAUCUAUAAGACUCUUCAAUGAGAUGAAGAUGAGGCGGAUCCGUCCUUCAAUCUAUAUUUAUCGAUCACUAGUCAGUCAGUUAAAGAAGAUGGGGAAGGUGGAUUUGGCAUUGAAAUAUUUGGAGGAAUUGAAUUCAAGUCAUUCAAAUCUUGCUGGUCCAAACGAUUUCAAAAGAAAAAAAAGGUAGUUGGACACUCAAAGAGCUUCAAGGUCUCUGUGUUCAUUGUUUGGUUUUGCUGAGACAUGUUGUGGAGGUUUCUUGUGUUGCAGUUGAUAUUGGUACCCUGAAAAAUGUUUAGAGAUGCACAUGUGCAGCUUGCUUGUUCAUCUGACUAGCUUGUGUGGAACUUUUGUGUAAACUGAGGUUGCUAAUUUGAAGUCUAGUUGCAACUUCUUGUCAUGCUGCUAAAUUUUUGAUAGCAUCUGGAGAGGAUUAGUUACCACCUUUGAUUCAAGGUUUAAGGGCAGAGCAUGUGCUGUAUGAGGAUCUGGUUACAAAGUUAUUGCCUUUGCAAAGACUUUCUCAGAUGAACAGUUGUGGAUGAAAUCAUUUUCAAGGUUUUGAAGCUAGGUGCUCAUUGAAUAAAUGGCCAUUUGCAGGUAAUUGGCCACUAGUGUGUUGGCUUGGUGGUUAUUGUCAUCAGAGUGGGUUCUGUGCUACAACUUGUACCAUCUAAACUAAGAAAGCUGUAGCAGGCAACACUUAAAGCUGUAGUGACUGUUCCAACUGUUGGUCUGAUAGCCUUGUUCAAGUAUCUGAUGAACUUUGAGUUUGAGCCAUGACGAAGUGUAUAAUGGGUAGCAUCUAGAUUGGCUUGUUCAAUUGUAAACCUAGUGUAAUGCUAUAACUUCCCCUUCUUUGUGUUAUAGAAUUUCCUCAAGCUAUUAUACUGGUUGUUGUAGGCCUUAUAAAAGGCUUGUAAUUCACCGACAUGGAGAUAUGGAACUUCAGGCUCCCACUACCUGGCUAUUGACUUCCAUGUGAAUUGUAAUAGGCCUCAUAACAGCCUUUGUUACAAGAGAGUGAUCCUAGAAGACGUAAGUUCUAUUUUAUUCUCUUGGUUAUUCAAUUAAAUUUCACUGGUAUUGAAAGUGUUA